AGUCACCGCGUCACUUGCAAAUGCAUGAAUGUCUGGGUUCGGUUUAUGGUAACGACAGUUCGUCUGCUGGUUCGUAGGAGCUGGACUGUAACUUUUGUGAAAUUGUAUUUAUUUUUGUUGCGGGCGUAAUAGUUUGUGCUUAGUGUACAGCAUUGGAAUUAAAUUCAAAGUUAAUGCUAUGGCCAUAUUUAACGGUGCAUAACCCCGUGGCUAAUCUUGAGUGCCGUUAGAUGUUAAAGGCACCAUGACUUCUAUUAUUAAACUCCAUGCCAUCUCUGGUGCCAUGGAUGAAUCUCCACCAUGUUAUAUUCUGCAGGUGGAUGAUUUUCGCAUUUUGUUGGACUGUGGAUGGGAUGAAAACUUUGAUCAGGAUUUUAUGAAGGAACUGAGAAGAUAUAUUCAUCAGAUUGAUGCAGUCCUACUGUCAUAUCCUGACCCAUUGCAUCUGGGGGCUUUACCUUAUCUUGUUGGCAAAUGUGGACUCAAUUGUUCAAUUUAUGCAACCAUACCAGUAUACAAGAUGGGGCAGAUGUUUAUGUAUGAUCUAUAUCAGUCAAGACACAAUAUGGAGGAAUUUGAAUUGUUCACAUUGGAUGAUGUUGAUGCUGCAUUUGACAAGAUUAUUCAGUUGAAAUAUAAUCAGAGUGUUCCAAUGAAAGGGAAGGGGUAUGGUCUGACAGUCACUCCCCUCCCAGCUGGUCAUAUGAUUGGUGGCACCAUUUGGAAGAUUGUGAAAGUUGGAGAAGAAGACAUUGUGUAUGCUGUUGAUUUCAAUCACAAGAAAGAGCGUCAUUUGAAUGGGUCUGAAUUAGAGCGCCUGCAGAGGCCCUCUUUGGUCAUUACAGAUGCUUUUAAUGCCACAUACAAGCAAACAAGGAGACGAGCACGCGAUGAGAAACUAAUGACCAAUAUCCUGCAGACAUUGAGGAGCAAUGGAAAUGUCCUGAUCACAGUGGAUACUGCAGGACGUGUUCUAGAAUUGGCACACAUGUUAGAUCAGCUCUGGCGCAACAAGGACUCAGGUUUACUGGCAUAUUCUCUGGCACUGCUCAACAAUGUCAGCUACAAUGUUGUGGAGUUUGCUAAGUCACAGAUUGAGUGGAUGAGUGACAAACUAAUGAGGACGUUUGAAGGGGCACGGAACAAUCCAUUCCAGUUCAAACAUCUGCAGUUAUGUCAUAGUAUUGCUGAACUAAGCAGAGUUCCUAGCCCAAAAGUUGUGUUAGCAAGUACACCAGACAUGGAGUGUGGGUUUUCUAGGGAAUUAUUUCUACAGUGGAGUUCAAAUCCUCACAACAGUAUUAUCAUCACAAACAGGACAUCGCCUGGAACACUGGCUCGUCAGUUAAUUGAAAAUGGUGGAAAUGUUCCCUUAAACCUUGAGAUACGCCGACGUGUAAGAUUAGAGGGUGCUGAGCUAGAGGAGUACCAACGGAAGGAAAGAGAAAACAAAGAAAAGAGCCAGGAGAAAAAUGAAGACUUAGACAUGAGUGAUGAGUCAGAGGAUGAAAUGGACUCUCUCAGUUCCGUGGCUAAGGGCAAGCAUGACCUUUUGGUUAAAGCAGAAACCAAGGUGCAGACUGGUUUCUUCAAAAGCAAUAAGAAACAGUAUCCCAUGUUUCCAUUUUUUGAAGAGAAAGUGAAGUUUGAUGAGUAUGGAGAAAUUAUAAGGCCAGAAGAUUACAAAAUGGUAGAUUCAAACCCUGAAGCUGAAGACAACAAAGAAAAUGUUGAUCUGAAAGAGGAAGAAAUUACAGCAGCCGACAUCACAGAAGUUCCAACGAAAUGCAUCUCAGUGACGAAGACAGUGCGUGUAAUGGCCCAAGUGCAGUAUAUUGAUUUUGAAGGUCGUUCAGAUGGUGAAUCACUGCAGAAGAUCUUGGAACAGUUGCACCCUCGGAGACUAAUUCUUGUGCGAGGCACACCAGACAGCACACAUGCUAUGUUGAAUCACUGUCGCCAGUGGAAUGGUGUUCGUGUGUUUGCCCCAUCUCGUGGUGAAGUGGUUGAUGCAACCACUGAGACAUACAUUUAUCAGGUAAGACUGACUGAUGCACUUGUUUCUGCACUUGAACUGAAGAAAGGUAAAGAGGCUGAAUUGGCUUGGCUUGAUGCUCAGAUUGUGGUACGAGACAUGUCUAAAGAUGCCAAGCCCGUUACCAUGGAUGUGGAUGAUAUUGACAAAGAAGAAGAGGAGAAGGGCAAAAUGGAGAUAGAUCAGAUUUACACACUGGAGCCAUUGCCUCUGAAUCAGGUUGUUGGUCAUCAGACUGCAUUUAUAAAUGAACUGAAGCUGUCAGACUUCAGGCAGGUUCUAAACAAGAAUAGUAUUCCUUCAGAAUUCUCAGGGGGUGUUCUGUGGUGUUGUAAUGGAACUAUCGCUCUUCGACGGCAUGAAGCUGGAAGAGUAAUCCUUGAAGGCUGUUUAUCUGAAGAUUAUUAUCGGGUACGGGAGUUGUUAUAUGAUCAGUAUGCCAUUGUCUGAAUGUGCACUACUCCCACAUUCAAUUAUUCAUUAUGCAGUAGCUUCAUGAAGAAGACUAUGUCAGCCACUGUGGACCUUGCUGAUGAUAAAACAUGUACUGUGGUGAUAUGCAGAUCCGUGACUGUUUUGCAAAUGUGGGAUGUUGUGAAGUGAUUCCGCCAUCAGAUAUUUUGAUUGUGGAUGGAAUAUUUGUAUUGAAGUUACUGAAACUUUUGGAAAUAUUACAUUUUUGGGACAGACGUAACACUUGGGAAUUAGAAAUGAUAAUAUGUAGUGAAAGUUUAAUGCAACCAGCAUGGCAGUGUGGCAGGUAUCUUAUAUUUCAUACAAAGGAUUUGCUUAUAUUUUGUAUAAUGAGAAACUGGAAACUCUUUGUUUGCUUGAGUUGGAUUCUUUUCUUUCUGUGAAAGAAGGUUCUUUGCAUUCCAUUGCACAGGAUUAUUGUAAUAUACCAAUGGAAAGUGGACAACAUUAUUUUUGUAGCUUAUACUUAUGGCAAAACAGUACGGGCACGUUGGUCACAUUUUUCACGAAGUUAUGUGUUGCUCAAAAUAUUAUCAAUGGGCAUUUUCAUUGAAGUGUUAAUCAGUGAAUCACAUGGUGGCUAUGUUGGCAUAGUGUUUUGCUACAUCCAGUUUAAUCACCUUUUCCAUGAAAAUUAUGCAUAUGCAUCAAUUGAAAUUCUGUGAGGGGGGGGGAUUUUUGCCUGAAUGUUCAUCAAGGAAUUGCAAAGUGGAGUGUAUAGGCAUGAAUAUCCAUACCGUGUUGCCACAUUUCAUUCAACUGCAGUCACACUUUCCAUGAAAAUUAUGUGUUGGUUGAUCUGUUAUUAAGGAAUAUUUUUUGUCUUAGUGUCAAUCAAUGAUUUGUGUGCUUGAGUAUAUAAGCAUAAAAUCCAUACCGUGUUGUCACAUUA